AUGGGGAAAAACAAGCAGAAAAAUGCAGUCGAUCUCAAAUGUUUCAAGGAUAUUCAAAGCUUGGAGUACUACAAUAGUCUUGAUUGGGGUACCAUUAUUUGGGAGAGGACAUUGGAUGCCCUAAAGACUGCCUUGAAUGAUAAGAGCAGUCUAUACAAGACGAGGGUCAAAUCAAAUAAAAACUACGUUGUGAAGUACUCCUUACGUGGAUUUCCACAAGCGUUCCAGGUAUGGACGUACGAGAUCCUAGCUUCAUCGAUAGAUAGGAACAUUGCGGAGCGAAGGAGCAAGGUGGUUUUGCCCCGCAUAUUACGAUGGUCAUGCUCCCACUCAGUGUCCUUCAAAGUAUUCGAGAGAAAGAUAUUCGAGUCUAACAAUAUAAAGGUUAAAGAGGGCACUGUGAUGUCAAAUGCUGAAAGGGAGUUUCGGGAUACCCCAGUGGAACGACGACCUAUAUUUGAGCUAAGUGCGGAUGAUGAUAGUUCUAAAAGUGGCUCAAGGUCGACGAGUGGGGGGGGUAGUCCCGAGAGUGAAAGUGAUAAUGAUGACCAUCGUGGAGAUGCCAAUGAUGAGGUUGUCAGGGUGGAGGGAGGGGAUGAUCCCGAACAUUCUGAGCACGAGGAUGCUGAAUAUGGAAGGGUGGAAGGAGGGACAUCACACGUAGUGAUGAUAUGUUCGAUGAUAUGAUAGGGGACG